AUGGAAACUCGGGGGGAAGAUGAGCUCCCAACUGCAGCGCAAGAGCAGGGAUCCAACACUGGAGACACCCUGAACCCAGGUUCGAGCUCUGAAGGAAUACGGCCGCCUGCACCGCCUCGACCUGGGACUAUCAAUCUUCUGGAUGAAACCAACAAUCCGCUCUCCAACUCUCCUCAAAGCCCACGGCCCUCAACAAGGCCGAAUUUACAAUCGCAGGCGACUACAGCCUUGUCCUUGAAGGACAUCAGCAGUCAGACCAAUCCGGACGUCCCCAGAGAGGUCCUUUUUUCCAGCAUUGGCCGUAACCUCCUGGGCAGAGGAUUAAAAGCCAAACCCAGUCUGAGUCAGUUGACAAGUGCCAGGGGGAGUGAAGCGGGCGACACUGCUAGCAUCAGAAGUUACGUGCCCAAUGCAGAGGGAGGUGAAGAAGAGAGCAUCUUUGGGGACUUUAUCACAGAUGCCACCCACGAACAGCAGGGGAAGGUAGAGGUUCUCAGUCUUCCGGAGUUUCCUGAAGACGAUGGGGAGGACGACUUUGUUAAAGAAUUCGAGCCUAUUGGCGACUUGGCGGAAGACGGUCGGAAUGAGGAAUUGCUUCUCGAGCGAUGGAAGGCAAAACGCAAGCACUAUCUCAUUCUCUCCGCUGCUGGGAAACCAAUAUAUACGAGACAUGGUGACGGUGGUUUAAUAUCAAGCUAUGUCGGCAUCAUUCAGACGAUCAUUUCCUUCUAUCAGGAUUCAGACGACCCGUUAAAGAGCUUUACUGCCGGAGACACGAAGUUUGUGAUCCUGACUCAAGGACCGCUGUAUCUUGUCGCUAUCAGUCGGAUAUGGGAGAGCGAUAACCAUAUCAGACUACAGCUCGAGGCGCUGUAUAUGCAGAUCCUGUCGACUCUGACCCUUCCAACAUUGACACGUCUUUUUUCGGUUCGACCAUCUACAGAUUUGAAGCGGCCUUUGCAGGGCACAGAGACUCUGCUCUCAUCUCUAGCCGAUUCUUUCACCAGGGGCUCACCGUUUACUCUUCUUUCGGCGCUGGAGUGCCUCAAAAUCCGCAAGUCUCAUCGGCAGGUCAUCAACAAUGCUCUUUUGAAGACGAGAGCAGACAGUCUGCUUUAUGGAUUGGUCGCCGCAGGAGGCCGGCUUGUGAGCGUGAUACGCCCAAAGAAGCAUUCGUUGCAUCCUGGAGACCUGCAACUUUUAUUCAACAUGAUAUUCGAAGCAGACGGCGUGAAGGCCGGUGGCGGAGAGAGCUGGAUUCCCGUCUGCCUUCCUGGAUUUAAUAGUUCCGGGUAUCUCUAUAUGUAUGUCAGCUUUCUCGAUCUUCGUGGCGAAGCUGGCAGCGCCGCGGAAAAUAGUCCCUCGAAGGACGAGUCAGUUGCCAUCAUCUUAAUUAGUACGGACAAGGAGAGCUUUUUCCAAAUGCAAGAGAUGCGAAAUGCUCUGGUUGAGCAAAUGGAGAAAAACGGGAGCAUCAAGAUCAUAAAGGAAGCCAUUGACAGAGGGCGACCUUCUCCAACAGACAUUGUCCCCGGAACAGUGUUGCGCCACUUCAUAUACAAAUCCAAGGCGCACGUCCAAUUCGUCAUGUCCAGCUACGACCCAGACUUUUCAUCCAUCACACGACAUCGGAGACUUAUAUCAACCUACAACGCCCUCCACGACAGCGUCCAUGCAAGAGGUACCCACGUCAAGGUUCACCACAGCGUCUCCCGAUCCGCAAGCUCGUUCGCCUGGGUGACGCCCAUCUUCGAGUUCUACUGCGUGGCAGGACCCAACACGAACCGCAACGCGCUCGCCCAGAGCGCUAACAAGAUCGUCCGAUGGGUGCAGCAGGAGGAGGAGAGGCUCUUCAUUAUUGGCGGGGCGGAAUUAGGAUUUUCUUCUGACUGA